AUGGAGCAAAGCGACGAGGUUGCUACUCCAAAAUUUUUUGAUAUGCUUUCUGAUGAUGAUAAAACCCUCUAUCAAAACCUGCGUUCAAGCCUUAGUUCACACGCGUGCAGAAAUCGUCGAGGAAAAAGAUUAGAAAAUUUUUCAGAAAUGCUCAGCACUAUUAAAACAUUCUGUUUGAGGCACAAUGAAGAUGAUUGGAAGAGGUGUCUCGUUUGUGGUGUUUGCUGGCUACCCAAUGGAAUUGCAAUUAAUACUCGCCAUCUUUCACUUUUAAUUGACAAAUGCAAGUCAUCUAUUAAUGGCUCACUCCAGAAAAUGGGAUACAGUACAUUGCAGAGCCGUAGCGAAUCAUCUGGAGCCUUAUCUGAUACAAUUCCCCUUAUAAAGAAUAACUUCAAUGAACUUCGCGAGUGGACCAUCAGACAAUUUAUUGCCAAUACGCCGGCCCCUCAAAUGCCGGCUGGACUAUUUAUGGGAUUUUCACCUACACCUACCUUAUCUCAGCAGAUGAUUCCAGCUUUGACAGGUGGGUUAACAUAUCAGGCCAUGACACCUAUCCCUCAGCUUCCAAUUAAUACCAUGUCGUUCAUGAUGGCGGCCAUUCCACAACAAAUUCCUCAGAUGACUAAAAUGAAUUACCAUAUGCCAAUGGCACAACAGAUGACGCAGUUACCAAGGUCGCAGUCACAUCCAAUUCAACAGAUGCAGCAACAACUUAUCCCGCCAAAUAUGCAGACAGGCAUGAUGAACCCGCAGAUGACAUCAAUGAUGAAUCAACAACAACCACAGCCUAUUAUGCCUCAACAACCGAUGCAGCAACAACAACCAAUGCAAAAUGUACCACAAAUGCAGCAACAGCAACAGCCUACGCAGCCUGAGGAGAAUGCUGGGCCAACAAUAUUCGAAGAAGAUAACGAUCCACUCGCUCUUACACCUUACUUCUUCUUUGAUGAUGAAGAUCUACCGGCUGAUGAUCACUGA